GCAAAGGAAAACCCACCUUUUUCAUUGUUAGGGACAAGGUGGAAUGUGUUGGUUUGAUCCUACAGCUCAGGCGGGGAAUAGAGGGAAGAAACAACGAACGCAGUUAAGUAGGAAAAAAAGCCUUCUCCCGCUGGUCUACCAGAAAUCUGUGAAAUAAUUUGUGUCUUUGGUUCAAACCUAGUCAUCUAAUCGGCACUAACCGAAUGCAUUUGGGGACUAUCGCAGAUUCUCUCAUCGCAAGGAUGCUGUAACUUCCUGAGUUCGACACGGGCAGACUCCGAACUGCGGCAAGUUUUGACCCCUCCUCCCCCUGCUCCUCUUCUGCUGGCGCAGCCAAAAGGAAGCCUCCACGAAACACCAGACUGCGGAUGAUCAACACCUAUGUUGACCAUCAAGCUGAGGGAAGUUGAAGGAAUAAGACCCAACCAAAGGAAAAGGGAGAAGACAUUGUGGGGAAAGGAUAAAGGGACUGGACACAACCCAACAUUACAAGCUUGUGACAUUUUUUAACCAGAGAAGGACUGCCAUACAAAUGUGGACCUCCCAAAAAGUGUUCAAAUAAUUUCCCCUUUGCAUCAAGAGGACAACAACAAUAAUCUCUGCGAUGUCUGAAAAUAAAGACAUAACGAGUCGCCACCUGCAGCACAAGCUGCAGAGCCUGGGACGACGGCUGGACGAGCUUGAGGAGGCCACCAACAAGCUCCAGAAGUCAGAAGAUGAGCUGCUCGAUCUGCAGGACAAGAUCAUCCAGGCAGAGGGCAGCAACUCCUCCAUGCUGGGCGAUGUUGAGGGACUGCGCAAGCGCCUGCUAAAGAUUGAAGGCAAAGACGAGGAAGUGUGCAAGGCAGAGGACCUCUGCCGUACGGUGCGAGAGAAACUGGAGGAGGAGGAGAGCUUGACCCAGGACCUCAAGUCUGAGAUUGAGUGCCUGCAGAGGAGAAUGGCUGAGCUGGAGAAGUUGGAAGAGGCCUUCAGCAAGAGCAAGUCGGACUGCAGCCAGCUGUGCCUCAGUCUCAACGAGGAGAAGAAUCUGACCCGGAAGCUGUCCUCGGAGCUGGAGGCCCUCAAGGACCGUGUGAAGGAAGUAGACACGUCAGAGGUAAGGCUGGACCGGGCAGAGCUGUUCCUGGCAGGGGAGCUGGAGAAGCUCAAGGGCCUCACUCAGACUUUUUUGAGUGAGAGGAAGAAACUCCUGGAGAAGCAAAAGGAGGAUGAGAAGCUUAUACUAAAACUGACAGAAAAGCUGGAGCGUCAGAACAGGAUUGACCCGGUAGAUCCCAGACGCAUUGAAGACGACCUCUCAUCCGGCCUGACCGGCAAGCUGGGGCGCAAGAAGAGCCUCGACUACCUGAAACUGGGCGACGACUUUGGGCUAAGGAACAAGUCCGAGAAUGAGAAGAACAGACUUGAGGGCCAGGAAGACAACAAAGUCAAGGAACUCACCCAGGAAGUGGAGAGGCUGAAGAACCGUCUGAAGCAGCUGGAGCUGGUGGAAGAGGAUCUUAAGAACACAGAGUCCAAGAAUGGAGAGCUGCAGGAGAAGUUCCAACAGGAGAGAUCCCGUAGCCGAGCACUCAACGAUCAGGUGGAGCAGCUUAGAAUGGAGCUGUGUGGAGGCAGCAGUCAAGGCAAUGGAGGACCUAGCAGUCCAGCAAAGGUCCUUGAGAAUGGCAAGGCAGAGAAUGAGGAGAUCAAUGUCCGGGGUGGGUUCAGGCAGGUCAAGCCCAAGUACAGGCCUGCUGCAGAGCCAGCCACCCCCAAGUACAAGAGCAGAGAGCUGUCCCCGCAGCACAAGAUGGAGACCAAGCUGAGGAGCAAAGAACUGAGCAACUCUGAGGAAAGUUCUCCAAAGUCUGUCAGGAGGGCACUCAGUCCUGCACACAAGAGCAGGAGGACACCCAAGACUGGAACAUCAACUGCCUCUGACAAUGGAGUGAAAGAAAUAGGCAGAGGGGUAGAGGAGAAAACAACAAGAGGAGCAGCCCAUACUCCUGUCGGCACAUCUUUGAGUGACCGCAAGAAGCUCUCUGUUCUUAGUCGCUACCCUCCAGCAGCUAAUGACCGGAAGGUAUCUCAGAAACCAAGUGAGAGUGAAAGCAAAAAAAGCCAAGUUGAUACGUUUUCUAGAUUGUAUGUCGGUAGUGACAGUGAGUCGAACAAUUCUGAUGUGGUGCCUGAAAGCUCAAGCAAGAGCAACAGUGUCUCCCCACUUGAAAAGGAUGCGUUUGCGUCUGACCUGGAGUCUGUGGACCAGGUUCAAGAGGCUCUUCCAGUGUCAAACCUCUCCAAAGCCAAUGGCUCGUACAUUGCCUACAAGUCCCACGUGUCCCCAAUGGUCAGUGAUCAUGGCUCUGAGGGCCACUCCUCAGCCUCUGAGACUGAAUCACCUGGGUCCAGGCCCUCAGAACCAGAACCUGUGCCUGAGGUGACAGCACUGAGUAGCAGAACCUCCACCACUCCCAAGUGCUCCAGAUACUCUCGCGUACAGGACUCUCAGUCAGAGGGCUCCUCCACCAGGAGCUCGAUUGACGAGGAGCAGCACAUGCUGUUGGUUGCAGAAGGAGAAUCCCUGGAGCCCACUCACACCCCGUCAGGUAUAGAGCUCCGCAGGGUCUGCAGCCCACGGGAAGCCCUGAGGUCAAAGGCAGUCAUCAAGCCAGCCAUCGUGGAAAUUGAUAGGAAGGAAGUCAUGAUAUCCGGAGGUGGGGCAGAGCCCUUGACCUCCUCCAAUGGCAAGCCCAAAAUCUCCACGAAACCAGUCCUGACCAGUAGCAUCACUAUCUACCCCAACGAUCCCAGCUCUUCCAGGACCAGCAGCCGCAGCAGCAGUGUAUCCAGCGAGCCACCAGUCAAGGAACGCCACACGUCCACCAGCAACAUCGUCAUCGGCCCCAGUGAGCACAGGGGAAGUAUCUCCAUCCCCUAUGAGAUCUCCAUCCCCAAGAGAGAGAUCACACCCUGGCCGUCCAUGGAUGGCCCUGACGAAUCAGGGGUGCUAGGGAUGGCCUGUGCAGAGACGCACCUACUCCCCCGAAGCAACUUCAGCCUCCAGUCACCGGAGACCACCUCCGACUUCAACAACGACACAGAGUCGGGUUUCGAGAGCAGCAGUAGCAGCACUACCACCGUCACCAGCUGGAGGAGCCAACACCAUGGCCACCACACCUCCCAGGACGACAGCCUCCCAGAGAUGAGAAACGUGACGGUGCGAAGCACCUGGAAGAACAGGGGGGCGGCAUCCGUGGACGAGCCUGGCCGGGGGGCCAGGAUGUAUGGGAUGGGCUCUGAGGACGAGGCAGAGUCGGCCACCACGUGGAGGGCUUACCGCGCCACCACCAUUCUGGACACGGAGGAGACGGUAAACGCCACAAGGGCUGCUACAUCACGGACAGCCAAGCCUUCCCCAGCAGAGCUGUAUAUGCGCAGGAUCAACAACAGUGUGGUGACCACCAGGGACAUCGCAGAGCCAGUGUGCCGGAGAAAAAGCUCCCUGUCGCCCACUGAGGGAGGUCUGCGGAUGAGUAUCCCCCACGAGCCUGUCAGCGCUCAGAAGCUUGUUCCCUGGCGGACACAACCCAUGGCCGCUGACGACACGGACCUCAACCCUGGGUCGUGGAGGACGAGGCCGGCGCCCGGUGACUUAGAUCCCUAUGAGAGCGAGAGGAGCUCCACGACAGAUGUAGGGUCCAGCAGAGGGAUGAGGACCACAGCUUCCAGGCCAGCGCUCUUGUCCAAUAGGGGUCAUGCUGGCCGGGCGGAGGGAAGAACUGGGCGCGGCAAUCGACAGUGGAGCAAUCGUCAGACCGACGACUAAACCGGCCAACCGUCUUAGUCUCUCCGCUUCAUAAUAUCCAGAGCUCUCCAUCACCCCCAAACUGCACAACAAGGAAGAAUGUACUGCGUCCCACAUCUCUACCCCCCCCCCCCCCCCCCCCCCUCCCCAGCAACAGCAGUGGCAGGCAAGUUCCUGCCAAGUUCCUGUCCAGCAACAACCCAUGCUUCUGAGUCUAAAAACAAGAUGGCCACCUGUAAAACCUUC